CCUCUCAAGUCAAGCGCACCAAAUGCAUGGCUUCCAAGUGAUACUACUCUUCUUUCUUUCCUUCCUAUCUUUGGCCUCAUAGCAAUCCAAAACCAUGGCUGCUGAAGCUGAAUUGCCCGCCAUCCAUGGCCGCAAGCUGUCGACGGUCGUCCCCGGCAGCGUCACCGGCGAGGCUGCCGUCUACGAGCUUGCGAACAUCGAUCUAGUCAUGAAGCUGCACUACUUAAGGACCGUGUAUUACUUCAAGGCGGACGAAAUCAUCGACAGCCUCACUAUUAAGGCCUUGAAGGAGCCCAUGUUCCCGUGGCUGGAUGUCUACUACCCGGUGGCCGGUCGAAUCCGGCGAACGGAGGCCGGCCGGCCAUUUGUCAAGUGCAACGACUGUGGAGUCAGGAUUGUGGAGACGAAGUGCGGCCAGACCCUUGAGGAGUGGCUGGAGAUCAAGGACUCGUCUCGUUGGAGACAACUUGUGCCGGAGAAGGUGCUUGGUCCUGACUUGCACUUCUCUCCAUUCGUCUUUAUUCAGUUUACUCGGUUCAAGUGUGGAGGAAUGGCAAUUGGAUUCAGCUGGUCUCACAUCCUUGGAGAUGCAAUAACGGCUACAAAUUUUAUCAACCUGUGGGCGCAGUUGCUCAGCAAUAGUCCUCUUAAAUGCCAGCAGCACCUCCUCAGUCCUGAAACCAAAACAGAGAAGACUCCUAUAAAGUUACCUGCUUCCAUGGAACUGCUUCCAGUCAAGCAGGUUGAGCAUGUUGGAGAUUCCUGGCUAUCUCUUAACAACAGUAAAAUGGCAACACACUCCUUCCAAAUUACCGAAGAGAAGAUUAAGCAGCUACAAGCCAAGGAAUCAGGUCAAAUUUCAUCCUUUGAAAUCAUUUCAGCUCUGAUCUGGCAAUGCUUGUCAAAGAUUAGAAAAGACAAAGGGCCCAAGUCGGUGACAAUUUGCAGGAAUGACACUUCAGCAAAAAGAAGUGGGCUUCUUAGCAAUGAGCAAAAGAUAAGCACGGUUGUGUCAGACUUCGUCCCUUCCAAGGUUGCCAUCUCGGAGCUAGCAUCCAUGAUUGCUAAACAGGAAGUGGCUGAAACAAAGAUGAUUGAAGAUUUGGUGGACGGCCAGAGUGGAACACCAGAUUUUAUUGUUUAUGGUGCAAAUCUGACUUUUAUUGACAUGGAAGGGGUUCCAUUGUAUGAGUUGGAGCUGAAGGGGCGAAAGCCCAUUCAUGUAGAGUACAGUAUCGAUGGCGUAGGUGAUGAAGGAGCAGUGCUGGUGCUUCAGUGUCCCCAACAAACUUAUGGCAGUGGUGGCAACGGAGGCAAAAUGGUAAUGCUCAUCCUACCAGAAGAUCAGAUUCCUCCACUUCAGGAGGAGCUUCAGAGUGCAUGGGGUGUUGCUUGAGCAGACAUGAGAAUUUUCUCUGGGGACAUCUGUCAAGAAUAUGUGUAAAAUGCUCUAAAUGAAGACAUACUAUGAGGAAGUGAAAGACAUGAUAGGGUGCCACAGUUUUUUUAUUAUCUAGGCAUGUUGUAUGAAUCAGUAGGGUUUAGUUUUGCUGGCAUAACAGGUUUUCAAGUUAUAUGUCGGAUUUUGUCAGGUUGCAAAGCUACAAUAAAGGAAUCCUGGCCAUUGUCAAUGUACUGUAUUAUGUUAGAUAUAAAUUAGAAGUAGUUUAUGUAACUAUAUUAUAAUAAAAAAACUGUGACAAUGGUAUCGUGUUUCAGAAA